AUGCUCUACCGUCUCAACAAGAUUGACCAGGCCCUGGUGGAAGUCUUGCCAGCAGUGAGGUGGCGCCAGGAUGAGUAUGCCAUCAGGGGCCUCCAGGCCUUGGCCUUUACCCGGUGGAAACAGAAUCGACACCGGGAGGCUCUGGCCCGGUUUCAUGAGAUGGAGGGAUGGGUUGGCAAGAGUGCUCCCUUGUGCGAGAACAUCGGCCACACCUACAAUGCGAAUGCUCCAGAUUCCAACAUGUCCAGCGAUCAGCAAGGCGGCUCCUUGUUGGGCCUUGCCGGGGUUCGUGAGAAGCAGCAGCUCUGGGCUGAAGCGCGGCAGGCGGCACAGGAGGCCUAUGACAUCUACAAGGCAAGGGAUGUGCAGCGGGGCUGGGACUCCUCAUUAACCGCGAAGGCAGCCAUGGCGGUCAGCAAGAUGGAUCUGAAACUGGGGAAUUUGGAGCAGGCCUUGGCCAAAGCCGAGGAGGCCUUGCGGCUCUUCGAACUGACCAGUGGCAGCCAAAGCCCUUUGAUGUCCACAGCCUAUCGCCGCAUGGGUGAGAUCUACAUGAAGAAGGGUUUGUACGUGGAAGCACGACAAGCCUUUCACAAGGCCUACAAACUGGAGGCUGUGAAGGAUGCCUUUGAUUUGACGGAGAUCGUGAUUUUGCACCAGUCGCUCAUGGACGCACACCUGGGUCGAGGACCUUUGCAACGCUCCGCCUUCAGGGUCUACUUCCGCACGGCUGCGCAGGUGCUCAAGCGCGUCAAAGAACUGAAACAAGAUGGAGACUUGUCCUUAUCCUGA